AACCCCGCUCCCGCACCACCGUUCCCAAAGGCCUCCAACAGAUUUUCUCUCCCUCUUCCUCUCAACUCAAAUCCCCUUCAUUUCUCCGCUCUCCCCGACUUACUGAUUCGAUGGCAGAAUCCGAUAAGCCCACGAACGCGACCACGCCACACCCGCUUCACCAGAUUGCUGGGACCCCGACCCACAGGCUCCUCCUCAAGCAGUGGCUCAAGGAGGAGGAACUGAUCCUCGGGAGGAUCGCCCUCAAGGAGACCCAGAUCGACUCGGUCCAGAAGGAGAUCACCCAUCUCUACAUCUUCUUCUUCCUUUUCCACUCCAUUUCCCUCAUCCUCCUCUUCAACCGCUCCUCCCCUCCAUCGUCGUCCUCCUGCCGCCGCUCGUGGAUCCCUUCCCUCUGUUCCCUACUGUGCUCGCUCGGGAUGAUCUGGGCAGUGAGGUACAAGACCGAGGUCGAGGCCCACCUCGAGAAGCUCCUGGAGAGGGAGAAAGAGGACGGGAAGCUGCUCGGGAAGUGCGUGGAGGAGCUGAAGAGGAAAGGGGUCGAGUUCGACCUGCUCAAGGAGGUCGAUGCGCUCAGGAGAGCCAAGAGCCUCCGCGUCGAGACCAAGGCCGUGAGGAAGUGGUCCGCGAGGGACUUCGUCACUCUCUUCUUCUUCUCCAUGGCUUGCCUUGUUCUAGGUCUGAUGAGGGUCGUGCUGUGUAAUUAGGAAAUCCUUUUGCUGUCUUUUAAUGUCUUUUGGGAUUCGAUGAGGAACUGAGCUGGAAUGGGGGAACUAGGCAGAUGCAGAAUAUGCUGUUCUGCUUUUGUGAUCAGAUUACUAUUGUUUCUGGUGAGGGAAUUUAAUAGUAAAUUAUGAACAUGGCGUGAUUCGA